ACACGUCGUUGACGUCACCACGCACCCUCCCACCCGUGGGUGACGUCACACGGCGGCCCGUGUUCGCGUCUGGGUGUCCGCAUGGAGCCCCUGGGGAGUGGCGUGGAGCUCCGUGGGAGUGGCGUGGAGCUCCGUGGGAGUGGCGUGGAGCCCCUGGGGAGUGGCGUGGAGCUCCGUGUGAGUGACGUGGAGCCACGGGGGAGUGGCGUGGAGCCACGGGGGAGUGGCGUGGAGCUCCGUGGGAGUGGCGUGGAGGCGCCAGGGGUCAUCCGGGGCAAGCAGCCGCCCACCAUCGGCCUCCCAUCGAGAUUUCGGCGACAGCAACAACAUCAACAAAAUCAACAACAUCAACAGCAUCAACAGCAUCAACAACAUCAACAACCUCCCUGUGGGCUUGCGGAGACGCUCAGCUUUGAGACGUGGCCCGGCGUGAAGGUGGAGGAGGUGGACGAUGCGUGGAGUUCACCACCACCACCACCACAACAACCACCACCACCAUCACCACCACCACCGUUCACGCUGUUGGCCGUCAAGACGGAACCGCAGGACGUCCUGAGCUGCAACGCGAUGCCCGUGGGAGGUCUUCACUGCAGAGGUGGACGUGGGGGUGGAGGUGGUGGACGUGGGGGUGGAGGAGGAGGUGGACGAGGUGGUGGACGUGGAGUAAUUGGGGGUGUAGGAGGAGGUGGUGGUGGACGUGGGGGUGUAGGAGGAGAGGUUUCCCAUCCGAGGGUGGACUCCGACGUGGACGCAGAAGAGGUGGACGAGGAGGUGGACGAGGAAGUGGACAAGGAGGUGGUCAAGGAGGUGGAAAAGGUGAAGAUGGAGGUCAACUUACCGGCCGACGCCUACGUCCAGGUCCGCGCCGUUCCCUGCCCGCACUGCCACCGCCGCUUCCUCUGCCGCAGCGUCCUCCUCAACCACGUGCGGCGCAGCCACCGCACGCAGCCCGGCUCGGCGCCUCGGCACCGCUGCGACCUCUGCCCCUACGGCACCGACCGUGGGCCCGACAUGCGCGACCACGCCCGCACGCACACGGGGGAGCGCCCCUUCGCCUGCGGGGUCUGCGGCCGCGCGUUCGCCCACCCGCGGAACCUUCCGGCGCACGUCCGCACGCACACGGGGGAGCGCCCCUUCGCCUGCGGGGUCUGCGGCCGCGCGUUCGCCCAGCUGGGCACCCUGAGGCGGCACGAGGGGAAGCACGGGCCGGGGAAGUAGCGGUGGGGGGGGGGGG